AUGGAAUUGUUGAGCGAGGACCCAGACAUAGCGAGAAGCAGGGCGGAGCUGGAGCAGACGAAGGCGCGUCUCGUUGAUAUCAGCGUCGGUUGGAACGGUUUUGUGUUUGAUGCGCUGUUAUCUAUGACCCCAACAAACAAGUCCGACGACUCUGACCCAUCGAACUUCUCCGCUCAAACAUCUGCCGAUACCAUCCCGGAGCCUACUCAAGAUGGAGGUAUCGCUACGACGGAGUACGCACAGAGACGCAGAGAGCUCAUGCAGCUCGUCACAGGCCUUCUUGGCCAAGGUGCUCAUCAGAUCAUUGAUAUACCACGCAUUGCCGUCAUAGGAGGACAGUCCGCCGGCAAAAGCUCUGUAGUCGAAGCAGUCACUGGUCUCAAUGUGCCACGGGACAGUGGGACGUGCACGCGGUGCCCGAUGGAGUGCACUAUGUCGAGCUCUGCAUCCACUUGGUCUUGUCAGAUUUCUUUGCGCUAUGAGUAUGACGAAACUGGUGUCAAGAUGAGCGCCACGCAGCAUGCCUUUAGUCCCGUGCUCACCGACCGAGGGGAAGUCGAGUUAUGGAUUCGUCGAGCGCAGGUUGCCAUUCUGUCUCUUCAUAGAACGGUCACAGAGUGUCAGAGCCUCUCGCAGGACCACCUGAAGGAGAUUCAGAGGCUACUUCAGAAAAAUGGCGACCGCAGCAUUCUGCAGUUUUCCAAGAAUGUCGUAUGCGUUGACAUAAGAGAUCCUGAUGCGACAGAUCUUUCCUUCGUGGACUUGCCCGGCCUGGUCCAAAACAUGGACGCCGACAUAGUUGAGCUAGUGAAGAACCUCACUGUCUCCACUAUCGAGCAGGACUCGACCAUUAUUCUCGUCACUAUCCCAUUGACAGAUGAGAUGGAAAACCAGCUGGCGUUUCGCUUGGCGAAGGAGGCCGACCCUGAAGGAAAGCGUACUGUCGGAGUGCUCACUAAACCCGACAAGCUUCAAUCCGGAGACCUCGGGGCUCGUCAGCGCUGGAAAGACGUCAUACUUGGGCGAGCUCACGCAUUGAAUCAUGGUUAUUAUUGUCUUCGUCUCCCCAGCGAUGGAGAACGCGAGCGCACCAUCACCCGUGCACAGGGCGAAGAGAUUGCCACUGCGUACUUUGCUUCUGAUGCUCCAUGGAAUGAACUAGACACUAAUCAUCGUCAACGACUUGGUGUUUCGAACUUGGUCUCUGACUUAUCACGACUUCUCAUGCACGUCCUAGAGAAAGCACUUCCAAAACUUCGCAAGGACAUCGCGUGCCUCCUCUCUGACUGCAACGCCAAUCUGACAGCCCUUCCUAUUGUGCCAGAGACCGAUAACGCUGUUGCGACUGUAAUUCUCAAAGUCUCGAAAUUUACGUCGGAACUAUCGCGAAUGGUUUACGGUCGAGGUGAUGUCAGAAAGGAUCUCAUACAGCGUAAUCAAGGCAGCUAUGGCGUUCUUCGUCGUAAACUAUAUGGUACUGCGCCUGAUCUUAGGCCAUUCGACGACCGCUUGAUGCGGCCCGGUCGUCCUGCGUAUCCCGGAGACGAGGACGGUGACCCCGAUCCGCUUGUGGACCCUUUGGAUCUGGGAGAGGUUCGUCGUAUUUUGAAAAAACAUAUUGGUUGGGAGCUUCCUGGGCAUAUUCCCUUUGAAGCCACAAAGGAAAUGUUGGACUCGUCUCUCAAACUGUGGUCGGAGCCUACCCAGACUUGCCUUGAAUCUGCAUUCAUGACACUCGCCGCAACGGUUGAUGAAUUAGUCCGGGGGCAUUUUCGGCAACUGACAUUGUUCGAGAGCACCGUUCGCGAUAUCAUCCAAUCGAAGCUCGACGAGAUCUGGGAAAAGGCAUCUUCUGAAGUAGACCACACCCUUCAACGAGAGCGAGAGCCGCUUUGGACGCAGAACGACGAGUACUUCUUGUCAUCGAGGUCGAAGUGGCUCGGAAUAUACAAGACCGAACGUCAUGCGCCUGGGACCGCCCCGGACGACCCCGACGCGUCUACACCCCUCCCGUUCCAGAUGAGAUCUUCACCGUCUCCCAACUCAGUGCAGACUCAUCAGACCCGGGCUCUGGAAGCUUUGGCUGCACUCGGAUUCGACGGGCUCUGCGCUACAGACUUUCAUCGACUUUUCCCUGCCGAUAAAUAUGAUGAAGAACUUGGAGUUAUAGCAGACGUUCGUGCUCAUUUCCAGGUGGCAUACAAGAGGAUUAUUGACCAGGUUCCCCUCACGAUCGAGCAUUCCAUGAAUCAACCUUUCGCCGACGGUCUUCACGCAGCACUCUUAGGUGUUCUCGACAUCGGCUCUGCUGAGAAGAUGGAGGCACUUCUGAGCGAGGAUCCAAUCAUAGCAAGGAGGAGGGCGGAUCUGGCUCAGUCAAAGGCACGUUUGAUAGAUAUUCAGCGUCGGUUGGAGCGGUUCGCUCUGUGA